CCUCCUUCAUCUUCUUCUUCAUUUCUCAACAAUUCUCUCUUCUACAGUCUUUCUUUUAUCCCUUCAUUUUCUUCGCCUUUCACUGUUUGUUUAAAAGGGAGUGAAACAAAUGGCUAAAAUGGUGAGCCCAGAUGCCGUUUCGACUAUUUUAGCUAACCCAUCACCUGAUUCUUCUUCAGAUCUUCCUGAAAUUAUCGUUCAGGUUGUGGAUCUCAAGCCCACCGGCAACAGAUACAUGUUUUCAGCCAGUGAUGGAAAAAUGAAAAUCAAGGGUAUUUUGCAAUCCAGUCUGUCAUCUGAAGUUAUAUCUGGAUCCAUACAGAAUCUGGGUCUUAUUCGGAUUCUUGAUUACACUCUCAAUGACAUUCCAACCAAGAAUGAGAAGUACUUGAUUGUAACAAAAUGCGAGGCAGUAUCGCCUGCACUUGAAGCAGAAUAUAAGGCUGAAGUGAAGACCCAAGAAAAUGUACAGGAGAAUUUCAAGAACGAUGUAAAAAUGGAAGAAACUGGGAUUGUUUUGAAACCCAAACAGGAAUUUCAAACUAAAUCUGCUGCUCAAAUUGUACAUGAACAACAUGGAAACAUGGCACCAGCUGCACGAAUGGCGAUGACAAGAAGAAUUCAGCCGCUUGUUUCCUUGAAUCCUUACCAAGGAAACUGGACCAUUAAAGUUCGAGUAACUAGCAAGGGAAAUAUGCGGACUUACAAAAAUGCUAGAGGAGAAGGUUGCGUGUUCAAUGUUGAAUUAACAGAUGAGGAUGGUACACAAAUACAAGCUACAAUGUUUAAUGAAGCUGCAAGAAAGUUUUUUGACAAAUUUGAAUUGGGGAAAGUCUAUUAUAUAUCAAAGGGAACACUUAGGGUUGCUAACAAGCAGUUCAAGACUGUACAAAAUGAUUAUGAGAUGACUUUGAAUGAAAAUUCUCAAGUUGAGGAGGCUAGCAAUGAAGAAGCUUUUAUCCCAGACACAAAAUUUAACUUUGUCCCUAUUGAUGAAUUGGGACCAUAUGUCAAUGGCAGAGAGCUUGUUGAUGUAAUUGGAGUGGUUCAGAGUGUAUCUCCUACAAUGAGCAUAAGGAGGAAGAGUAACAAUGAGACAGUUCCAAAGCGUGACAUAACUAUUGCAGAUGCGACGAAGAAGACUGUUGUGGUAUCUCUUUGGAAUGAUCUAGCUACCAACGUUGGACAAGAACUACUAGACAUGUCUGAUAAAUCCCCAGUAGUUGCAAUCAAAUCCCUUAAAGUUGGAGACUUUCAGGGAGUGUCUUUAUCUGCGUUAAGCAAAAGUAAUAUUGUUGUGAAUCCAGAUUUACCUGAAGCCAAAAAAUUGAGAUCUUGGUAUGACUCUGAAGGUAAAGAAACUUCAUUGGCAUCUAUUGGUUCUGGUAUGAGUCCCUCAACCAAGAAUGGAGCACGAUCUAUGUACUCUGAUAGAGUCUCUUUGCUCCACAUAACUAGUAACCCAUCCCUUGGUGAGGAGAAGCCUGUGUUCUUCAGCAUAAAGGCAUAUAUAAGUUUCAUUAAGCCUGAUCAGACCAUGUGGUAUCGGGCAUGUAAGAUGUGUAACAAGAAAGUUACUGAUGCUUUUGGGUCUGGUUAUUGGUGUGAAGGAUGCCAAAAGAAUGAUGCAGAGUGUAGUUUGAGAUAUAUAAUGGCAUUGAAAGUUUCUGAUGCUAGUGGUGAAGCUUGGCUCUCUGCAUUCAAUGAGCAAGCAGAGAAAAUACUUGGAUGCUCUGCUGAUGAACUUGACAAGCUUAAAUCUGAGGAGGGAGAAACUGCUUAUCAAAUGAAAUUGAAGGAAGCUACAUGGGUUCCUCACCUUUUCCGGGUCAGUGUUGCACCACAAGAGUAUAACAGUGAGAAAAGGCAAAGGAUAACAGUCAGGGCUGUUGCUCCAGUUGAUUAUGCUGCAGAAUCCAAAUACUUGUUGGAAGAAAUGUCAAAGAUGAAUAUUUCCAUAUAAUGAAGCUAGCCAAAUCAAGAAUGUUAGAUUAUUUUUGUUAUAUUUUAAGGCUGAUGAAUGCUCAGUAGGAUUGGUUAGUAAACCAGUUGUAAAUAUGUCUCAUCAUUGUUGCUUUAUAGCAAGUGAUCACUUUUGAACUUUGAUAAAUGCACAUUUGGCAGUUUUGCAGUUUAUCAUAUUUUGUUGUGUA